CGAUGCCGAGGCGCUAGGGGAUUCCUUAAAAUUCGUCACGCGAAUACGAUACAGCAACUUCGGAACGUGUCGGUCGAUCAACGACGGAGCGCAGACAUUACGACGAGUCGCGUCGACGACCAACCCAUAACAGAGGAUAUUCGAUAUUUCAGUCGGAAUUCGGAAUGGAUCUGGACUCGUCGACUCCGUUGCACGAUGAGGAAAUUUUGAAUGAAUUGAAAUCCGAGAUAAUUGACGAAUCUCUCCUGGAUGACACGCAAGACACGCAGGAAACAGAAGUCUCUCUUAACGAAACGAACGAGGAUCAAGUCGACGACGAUUCCACAGUAUUCUGUAUCCUCUGCGACGCCGAGGUGCGCGGCAAGUGGGCCUACAAGAAGCACAUAACCAAACACCAAUGGGAUGCGCAGCGGGGUCAGGAUCCCACCGACGAAAUUUUCACGCCCUACAGAGACACCACCGAAGACGUUCCAGUGAAUUUCAAGCUAAGCUGCGCGGUGUGCACCUUCACGAGCAACGUACCUCGAGAGCUCGAAAGACACUAUCACACACACGUAAUCGGGUACAAGUGUCUAUUAUGUGAUUUCACAACGUUGCAUAGAACUCGGCUCGCGGCCCACUACCCAACCCACAAGCGGGAGAAGGCUCGGUUGGAGUGCCAUAUCUGCAAUGCGACUCUAUCGUCGACCAGUGCGUUGAAAAAACACAUAGCGCGUCAUUCGGAGGGGACGAUCUGCUGCAAACUAUGCGACUAUAAGACUUAUGACCGUUUCCUGCUGCGGGAACACAUGGCCACGAAACACAACGAAGUCAUGAAGAAGUUCAAGUGCGAGCACUGCGACGAAGAGUUCGGGACCUUCCGAAGAUUUUUCCAGCAUCGCCAGGAGGCUCAUAAGGGCUUCAUCUACAAACGGCAAGUCGAUCCGAAGUAUUGCGACAAGUGCGACUUCCAAACGACGAAAGUCAAGGAAAUGAACGUGCACAAACUCAUGCACCAAGGCCUAGUAGAGAUCUUCAACAACGGGAGGUACCACUGUAAAAUUCAAGGCUGUACCGAAGCGUUCAAUAGCGCCACUAAAUAUGAAUUGCAUUUCACCAAAGUGCAUGACAAAGUCAACCUAUACGGGUUGGCGACAGAGCGCGUGCACAGCUGUCCCAUUGAGGGGUGUACGUUCAGCACGGUCAAAGAAUCCCAUCUCAAACUACAUAUGCAUGUCCACCGGACGGCUCCGAAGACUCCGACGGAGACACAGGAGAAGAAGAAACGCGCUCAGGGAAAUUGUCCGAUAUGUCUUGCAAAGUUUAGCGAUAAAUACAAAGUUCGGAGUCAUAUGGAAACUGUACAUAGCAACGAGAAGCCCUUCGUCUGUCAGUUCUGUUGCUAUAAGACAGCGUAUAAGUACAACAUGCGCAUCCAUAUGAAGAAACUACACAAGAUGAUCUACAAUGUAAAAACCGACACCUGCGAGCCCAUCGAAACCGAGGCUUUCCAGGUCGCUGGUCCGUCUUUCCAGGAAUAUCAUCAACAUCAAGAAUAUGAGUCGGGCUCUGAAUACGAACCCGAGUGGGAAUGA